AUGGGGAAGGGACGGCGGGUGGACUGUGGACAAGCUGUACUGCACAGCCUACAAGCAACUCUCGCGGUAAUAAUGACUAAAGAACCCAGGACCAGACGAACGACGAGGGUAUGGAACGAUCCGAGCACACAGACCUCACAACUUCUCACCCUUACAGAGGCUCUUGACACAAGCAAUUGGUAUUGGAUCAUUGACGUGUACUGGGCAAAACCACAUCAGCCAGUGGUUGCAAGCGCCAUUCUGCAGCUAGCGGCCUUGGGAUAUUACCUUCGCUGCAGCUGGGUUGCCCCUGCAGACGGGGCGCGGCGACGAUGGGACCGUUGA